GAGCUGGGACAAUCUGAAGCUAGGGUAAACUCCAUUGGAAAGGCUUUCACUGAGAAUCCAUCUGGUACUAGGCAACUAAGAGAACCACUCAGAAUGGAGUUCUGGAACUACACAUUGGGAAUUGAGUUCAUCUUGGUGGGGAUUCUGAAUGACAGCCAGUCCCCUGAACUUCUCUGUGCCACAGUCGCAGUCCUGUACAUGUUGGCCCUGACCAGCAAUGGCCUGAUGCUCCUGGUCAUCACGAUGGAUGUCCAGCUCCACGUGCCCAUGUACCACCUGCUCGGGCAGCUCUCUCUCAUGGACCUCCUGUUCACAUCUGUUGUCACUCCCAAGGCCCUUGUGGAUUUUCUGCGCAGAGAAAACACUAUCUCAUUUGGAGGCUGUGCCCUUCAGAUGUUCCUGGCACUGACACUGGGUGGUACAGAGGACCUCCUACUGGCCUUCAUGGCCUAUGACAGGUACGUGGCCAUUUGUCAUCCUUUGAACUACACAGUCCUCAUGAGGCCGAGGGUCUGCUGGAUCAUGGUGGCCACAUCCUGGAUCCUGGCAUCCCUGAAUGCUCUAGGACAUACCAUGUACACCAUGCACUUUUCUUUCUGCUUGUCCUGGGAAAUCAGGCACCUGCUCUGUGAGAUUCCACCCUUGCUGAAGUUGGCCUGUGAUGAUACAUCCAGGUAUGAGCUCAUGGUAUACGGGACAGGUGUGACUUUCCUCUUACUCCCCCUUUCUGCCAUUGUUGCCUCCUAC